CUCAGGCGAGCGAGCGAGCGCACGACCCGGCGGCGGCUCACGUCCACAAGGGUAGGGCCCGGAACUUGAGAUCCACAGGCGCGCGCGGUCGUGGUGGAGCCAGGAUCACCAGCCGCGGCGGUUAAAAACACGCGCGCGUCAGUGAGAAAUCGGCGAAACGAGGGUGUGGUGUUAGUUGGUUGGGAGAACCAGAGGAGUGCGCGGCGAUGGCGGCGGCCGUACCGACUGUGGCCUCCCCGUCCCCUGCCUCCAGAUGGCUCCACCCCAGCCACCCCCGCCCCUCCACCUCCGCCUCCGCCGCCCCGUCCCUCCUCCGGCUGCCAAGAACCUCGAAGCGGCUCCGGCGGGCCCUGCUCGUCUCGGCCGCCGCGGCGGAGGAAGCGGACGUGCUGCCGGGGCCCGGGGGCGAGGGCCAGGUGGCGGGGAGGCUCGAGGAGCAGCGGGACGAGCCGCUGAGGGGCAGCCAGCUCGACAUCGGCGGGCUCUCCUUCCAGGGUGACAUGGGCGGAGGAUUCGCCGGAGGCGGCGCUGGCGGAAUGGGGUCCUCCGGCGGCGGGGACGGCAACAAGAUGCUGGACCGCGGCAUCAACACGGCCAUCGUGCUCGGGACCAGCACCUACGCGCUCACCAAACUCCUCACCGUCGACCACGACUACUGGCAUGGGUGGACGAUCUUUGAGAUCCUGCGGUACAUGCCGGAGCACAACUGGUCGGCAUACGAGGAGGCACUCAAGGACAACCCCGUUCUUGCAAAGAUGAUGAUCAGUGGCGUCGUCUACUCCCUUGGUGACUGGAUCGCGCAGUGCUAUGAAGGCAAGCCGAUCUUUGAUUUCGACCGUGCUCGGAUGUUCCGGUCUGGCCUUGUUGGCUUCACGCUUCACGGGUCACUCUCACAUUACUACUACCAUAUCUGUGAGGCACUGUUCCCGUUCAAGGAUUGGUGGGUUGUCCCUGCGAAGGUUGCGUUCGAUCAGACGAUCUGGUCCGCGAUCUGGAACAGCAUCUAUUUCGUAGUCUUGGGUUUCCUUCGGUUGGAAUCACCUACCACUAUUUUCAGCGAGCUCAAGUCCACAUUCUGGCCCAUGCUUACUGCUGGAUGGAAGCUAUGGCCUUUUGCGCACUUAAUUACAUAUGGUGUGGUUCCUGUUGAGCAAAGACUGCUAUGGGUCGACUGUGUGGAGCUAGUCUGGGUCACGAUACUGUCAACUUACUCAAAUGAAAAGUCAGAGGCAAGGAAUUCUGAUGGUACCUCCACACCAGCUGUUAAGGACAACACCAGAUAGCAAUCAGGGAGACCAAGGGUUCCAUCAUUUCGUGAACGUUGUAAAUUGUACAAUUAGCUGCAGCAGCUCUGGUGUAACCUUUUUUUUUUCUUUAAUAGAUAAAUGAAACUUAAAUUGUGCAGCGUUGUCCAACAAAAAUCAGAAAGAAAUUGUCUCAA